GACAUCGAGCCUGGACUACUACGAGCUGAGGUCCAACAGCUCCCUGGAGGGAUACGACAGCAUCGGCCCCCCCUUCCACUGCACCUUCAAGCUGCAGAACCUGGGCUUCUUCCCCGUGGAGGGGGUGACCAUCAAGAUCACCAUCCCCGUGGCCACCCGGGCGGGCAACCGCCUGCUGCUGCUGACUGAAUUCACAGCGGACCAGGAGAACACCACCUGCAACAUUUGGGGUAACACCACCGACUACCGCAGGACGCCCUCCGAGGAGGACCUCUCCCGCACCCCCCACCUGAACCACAGCAACUCCGACGUCGUUUCCAUCGACUGCAAUGUGAAACUGGCCCCCAACGAGGAGAUGAACUUGCACUUGCGGGGCCAUCUGUGGAUGAAGUCUCUGAAAGCACUGAAGUUCAAGUCACUGAAGCUCACCACGAACGCCGCGCUCCAGCGACGCUUUGGGAGCCCCUUUGUCUUCCGUGAGGAGGACCCCAGCCGUCAGAUAACGUUUGAGAUUUCCAAGCCGGAGGAGUCGCAGAUCCCCAUCUGGAUCAUCCUGGGGAGCACAUUUGGGGGGCUCCUGCUCCUGGCCCUGCUCGUCCUUGCGCUCUGGAAGCUGGGAUUUUUUAAGAGCGGGAGCCACAGGCGUGCAGAGGAGCGGGAGCGGAGCACCCAGGAGUGA